CCCCCCCCCCCCCCCCUCCUCUCUCUCUCUCUCUCUCUCUCUCUCUCUCUCUCUCUCACACUCAUGACGAUUGGGAAUGCAAUUAGGGUCUAGGGCACGGAAUCGACCUCGAUUGUUGGCCGAGAAGAUGUAAUCUAAAGGAGACGUCCUCCGUCUCCGUGUCGAAGCAAUUUCAAGCGUACUGUUCCUUAAGUUUCAACCACAUUUUCCUCUAGGGUUAUAUAUAUGUUUUAUGUUUUCAGUCGGGUUUGAAAUGAAGGGCUCGUCGGAUCGGACAAAGGUGGUGCUGCGGCACUUGCCGCCGGCCAUCUCUCAGGAAACUCUAAUGGACCAAAUCGACGCCGCCUUCGCUGAUCGCUACCGCUGGGCCACUUUCCGUCCGGGGAAACCAGGCACGCAACAUCAAUCCUAUUCUAGAGCAUACAUUGACUUCAAGAAACCUGAGGAUGUUAUUGAGUUUGCUGAUUUCUUUGAUGGGCACUUGUUUGUUAACGAGAAGGGCAUUCAAUUUAAAACUAUUGUUGAGUAUGCUCCUUCUCAACGUGUUCCAAAACAGUGGUCUAAAAAAGAUGGACGUGAAGGAACAAUAUUAAAAGAUACCGAGUAUCUGCAGUUUCUUGAAUUUCUUGCAAAGCCUGUCGAAAAUCUUCCCAGUGCAGAGAUACAGUUAGAGAGAAGAGAAGCAGAACGUGGUGGUGCUGUAAAAGAUGCUCCUGUGGUUACACCAUUAAUGGACUUUGUUCGGCAGAAAAGAGCUGCUAAGGGUGGUUCUCGGCGAUCGUUGUCUAAUGGGAAAAUGAGCAGAAGAGCUGCUAGAUCAUCGGCAGGUAGUCCUAGUUCAUCCUCAUCGAAACGAGGUUCUGCAAGGAUAAGGAUGUCCUCCACAAUGUAUGUUUUGAGGGAUGCUGCAAAGAACAUGAGUGUCAAAGACAAGUCAACAUACAUUUUGGUUCCAAAGCGAGAUGAUGAGCAGCUUUCUGAUAAGGCUGUUACUUUGGUUCCUGCAGCUGGAACUGAAGUAUUGGCGGAGGAAAGUGGAAUUUCUGGGACUAAUGAAUCUGGGAAAAAGAAACUCCUUCUGAAAGGGAAAGAGAGAGAGAUUUCACAUUUGUCAGGCAGCUUGUCACAGCAGCAAGGUUUAACAUCUUCAGCUGGGAAUGCAAUCGGUUCAGCUGCUCUCAAGCAGAACCAGCAACGCCAAGGUGGUGGUAGGAUAGUCAGAAAAAUACUUUUAAACAAGGAUUCACGUCAAAGUCAGUCUUUUUUGGGCUUGUCUGAGCAGCAAAUCCAGACUUCAAAUCUAGAAAAAGACAAGCGACCUCCUCGUCCCCCACAUGUGCAAUUGGUUUCGAAGGAUACAAUUCCAACUCCCGAUGAUAAGGUUCUUGGUAAUGACUUGCAUGGGUUUUUUAAUGAGAGGCAGGAAAAACGUUCAAGAAAUAAGGAUAAGCCUGAUCGCGGCAUUUGGACUUCUCUUCGUCGUUCAGAUGGAUCUAAUGUCAAUGAUGAAUCUUUGUCAUCCUCUGCCUCUCAACUUACACUGUCACUGGCAGAUUAUUCUGAAGGAUCUCAUGGAGAUAUGAUGAUUGACAUGCCAAAUGCUAGAAGUGGGGGAGUUAAAAGCCUUGUAACUGGACGCACUAAUCAUUCUUCUUUAGAAAAUGGUUCUCAUAAACAUUUUGGUCGCCGCGGGCCAGCACAUGGUGUUAAGGAUGUUGAUGGCUCAUCAACUAUGAGUGAGGGGAAGCAUUCGAGAAAAGGCACUGGCUAUAAUUCCCAUGAGAAACAAGUUUGGAUACAAAAACAAAGUUCUGGUUCGUAAUGUUAUUGAAAAGUUAAAUUCUUGGUCAAUGAGAAUUUUGGAACCUGCUAUUGCUAGUGGCUGGUGGCCGUCUCCUUUUACUACACAGAUGAUCAGAUGUAAAUUAAGUAUUGGCAUCAGCAGCGGUUCCUUUUGAAAACUGCUAGUGGAAAGUGAAGUUUUCUGAAUGAUGCAGAUACGACGUAACUAAAUUUCGUUUGAUUGAAGAUCCUGAUUUUACUUGGGAAAAGCGACAGCUCUGAAUAUAGGAGAAAAGGAAGCAAUAGAUGUGAUUGUUAUGAUUGUGUUAUAGCACAGUUUUUUCAUUGCAGAGCCCCCUCUUUUGGCCAGGGUUCUUUUUGUCGGAGCUAUGGAAGUCAUUGGGCUUGCUUUUGACUAGAUUAGGUAUUGGCUUAUUGUGGUUUCAUGGGAUGUCUCGGUCUCUCUCCCAUUAGUAUUAAAAUGUAAAUAUAAUCACAGAGCGAUCUGUAACCCCAGCUCUGUUAUGGCUAUCUAUCAAAGCAUCUUAAAAUUUGUUUCA